AUGGAUAUUAUUGAUCCAAGUAUUCUCUGGAAUCUUUUGAAAGAAAUAUUUGAUCAUCAAAAAACAUUUAUACUUCCCAGUACUAGAGAUCAAUGGAGAACAUUGAGGUUUCAUGACUUCAAGAAAGUAAAUGAAUACAAUUCAACUUUGUUCAGAAUAUGUUUACAACUCAAGUAUUGUGGACAAGAAGUUACUGAUGAAGAUAUGUUGGAGAAAACUUACUCCACAUGUCAUGCAGCAAACAUUACCUUGAUGCAACAACACCGGAUGCAAAAGUUCACAAUAUAUUCUGAACUGAAUGCAUGUUUGCUUGUUCUAGAACAAAACAAUGAUCUCUUGAUGAAAAACCAUGAAUCUCGUCCAAUCGGAUCACUAGCACUUCCUGAAGCAAAUGCUUCAAAUAUUAAUGGUCAUCAAAACAAUACAUGUGGACGAAGGCGUGGUCAUGGUCGAGGACAAGGCCAUGGUUAA